GCCUGCCCCAUCUUCUGCUAUAUGUAUAUAAACCCCCAUGUGUUCCCAGAAAAUCACACCUCACAUAACUCUCUUGCUUGUACUGAUCAAAGCAUCAAUCUUUGAAGACAAUUAGCCAGAAGCAGCAUGAUGGCUUCCAAGUUUGCACACUCCCUCGUUGUUCUUGUUCUGAUUGCUUCAAUGUUUGGAGCAAGUGUGGCCAACAAGGACUGGUUCCCAGGUUUUAACUACACAGACUGGUGGUCCAGAUCAUUUGGACAUCAGAAACCCAACAUGACUCGACCACAGUCCAACAAAAUCAUCGUGGGUGGCUCUGAGAAUUGGCACUUCGGCUUUAACUACUCUGAUUGGGCUAUCAAAAAUGGCCCUUUCUACCUCAACGAUACUCUCGUGUUCAAGUAUGAUGCUCCAAACGCGACCACACAUCCACACAGUGUUUACAUGUUCUCAGACUAUUGGAGCUUCUUGAAAUGUGAUCUGACAGAGGGCAAAUGUGAUCUGAAAUGUGGCGAACUCAACGCAGGGUGUGGGAGAGGGAUUCCAGAUUGUGUUAAAGAGGUGGAAGCCAUACUACUUUGCUUGUGGAGAGAGAAAUAGGUUUCACUGCACAAAUGGUGGCAUGAAGUUCUCUGUCAUGCCCAUGAUUCGCUCCUUCUUCCCUUGGCCUUGAUACAAAAAAUUGCAGCAUUUUGUUGUGUUGUUCUCUGGAUCCCUCCACUUUCUGGUUUACAUAUACUUUUCUGUUGUUUUUUACUUUUCUGCACAAUUUGAAUACUUUCGGAGGAAAAUGUAUUGUUGAACUAUAUAGAUUUACACAGACACAAGAUGAAUAAAAAAUGCAUGCAAGACUUGCAUUGCUUGCCUUGUUUCUUACUUAUUAACGUCAAUUUUUUCUCCCUGUUACAUAUUAACAUCAAAUUAAUAUAUGCAAUAAGG